AUGAUAAGAAAAUGUUUUGAACAUCUUCAGUACUGUUUAGAGAAAGAUUCACAACUUCGUCACUUACUUGUCGCUCUGGAAUCAGCUGGUUGUCCGAUUAAUUUUAAACGACAUAUAGUUUGUGAAGAAGCAAAUGACUUUUCUUCAUUUCGUGGUGGAUUUGAUGCGUCGACUAAACAACUAGUUCUAUUUCCAGAUAAUAUUAAAACAAAAAAUGAAUUUUGUACUAUUCUCAAACAUGAACUGAUCCAUGCUUACGAUUAUUGUCGGGUGCAAAUUAAUUUUAAUAAUAUUGAACAUUUAGCUUGUACAGAAAUUCGUGCUGCAUCACUAACGGAGUGUACAUUAUCUGAUUAUUUUUCUAUGACAUUUUCACCGUUUCUAAGCGGAAAACAUGAAUACUGUGUGAAACGUAAAGCACAACAGUCGUUGGAAAUUUGUACAAACAAGCGUACUGUAGCGAAAAAUGAAAUAGAUGAGACGAUCAAACGUGUUUUUAAACGAUGUUCCAAUGAUACUGAGCCUUUUAAUGACAAAGGAGCACAGAGAUGA